CCCGGCGGAGCCGCCGGCUCCAUCCUCACCUGGAGUUGUGUCCCGGUGCCCGAGCGGGGCUGGGCCGGCCCCGCCCGGCUGCGGGGGCAGCGGAGCGGGAUGGGGCGGAGGGGCCGCGCCGCAGCCCCGGGGCGACCCCCGCCCCUCCACCCCCAAUUCCCGGCCCCGGGAAUUACGGCGCCGCGAGGGCAGCCCUGAGAUGCCACCCAGGACUCUGCCAUUUCUCACUGACAUCCAUGAGGUCUUUGCUCUGUGUUUGCUGUGGGCUGGGUCAGUCCAUAACAGGACACAUUUUAUUAGCUAAGAUAACAGAAGCACUCAGCACUGAUGGUGCUGAACUCUUUGGAUCCUGCCUGGACAGCAGUAUGAACAGACCCUCCUUUUGGCUGGGGAAUGAGACCUUGAGAGUGCCUUUAGCACUCUUUGCCUUGAACAGAAGACGACUGUGUGAACGGCUGAGACAGAACAAGGAUGUCCAGAAGAAUUCAGUUGUUCUGCUGCAGGGUGGGGAGGAAACCCAGAGAUACUGUACUGACACUGGAAUUGUGUUUCGCCAGGAAUCUUACUUUCACUGGACUUUUGGAGUAACUGAAGCAGGCUGCUUUGGAGCAGUAGAUGUUGAUACUGGAAGAUCCAUGCUUUUUGUUCCACAACUCCCUGAAAGCUAUGCUGUUUGGAUGGGAAAGAUUCACCCCCCUGAAUUCUUCAAGAAAAAAUAUGCUGUGGAUGAAGCCCACUACGUGACCGAGAUAUCCAGUGUCUUGGCUUCGAAGAAACCUGCUGUGCUUCUCACUUUGCGUGGUGUUAACACUGACAGUGGAAACAUCUCCAAAGAAGCUUCAUUUGAAGGCAUCAGCCAAUUUAAUGUGAACAACAAAAUCCUUCAUCCUGAAAUUGCAGAAUGUCGUGUGAUUAAGACAGACAUGGAGUUGGAAGUUCUGCGCUACACCAAUAAAAUCUCCAGUGAAGCUCAUAAAGAGGUAAUGAAGGCAGUAAAACCAGGAAUGAAAGAAUACGAGAUGGAAAGCCUGUUCCAGCACUACUGCUACACGCGGGGAGGGAUGCGCCACACCUCCUACACCUGCAUCUGCGGCAGUGGGGAGAACUCGUCUGUUUUGCACUACGGCCACGCGGGAGCCCCGAACGACAGGACUAUUGAAGAUGGAGACUUGUGCCUGUUUGAUAUGGGAGGGGAGUAUUACUGCUAUGGCUCUGACAUCACCUGCACCUUCCCUGCCAGCGGGAAGUUCACUGCUGACCAGAGGGCUGUCUACGAGGCAGUGCUGAAGUCAUCGAGGGCUGUGAUGAAGGCAGUCAAACCAGGGGUCGCCUGGCCUGACAUGCACCGCCUGGCUGACAGAGUCCAUCUGGAGGAGUUGACCAGAAUUGGCAUUCUGAAAGGCAACGUAGAUGACAUGGUGAAGGUUCAUCUGGGUGCAGUAUUUAUGCCACACGGACUUGGACACCUACUUGGAAUCGACGUGCAUGACGUUGGAGGCUACCCAGAGGGCGUGGAGCGCAUCGACCAGCCGGGGCUGCGGAGCCUGCGCACGGCGCGGAGCCUGGAGCAGGGCAUGGUGCUCACCAUCGAGCCGGGCAUCUACUUCAUCGACCACCUCCUGGACCAGGCCCUGCGCGACCCCGCCCAGUCCUGCUUCAUCAACAGCGACGUCCUGCGGCGCUUCCGGGGCUUCGGCGGGGUCCGGAUCGAGGACGACAUCGCGGUGACAGCCACGGGAAUGGAGCUGCUCACGUGUGUCCCACGGACUGUGGAGGAAAUAGAGGCUUUCAUGGCAGAAGGCCAAGGCAGUGCCAAGUCGUUUGACUGCCUCUCCAGCCAAAAGCAGUAAACUCCAAGAUGACACUUACUGCCUCAAAUAAUCAGUCAUCAUUCUGAUUCAAUGCUGCAGCACAUAAAAGAAAGUGAAUCCAAUUCUUAAUAGCAAGAGAGGCAGGCAGGCGAUUACCUGGAAUAAUUCAUUCACUAAAAACGAAGGUAGAAGGCUUCAGCACUUGAUACCAGGUAACUCCACUGCUGCUGCUUGCAAUCAGCAGUUUACAUGACCAAGUGCCACCUAAAUAACCCUACUGCUUUGGGACUUUUACUUCUGUCAGAUCUCAGCUCAGACGUUUCUUGCAAUUAAAUCUGAAUUUUGAUGAUUGGGGCUCUAAAAUACCAAAUGGAUUAUCUGAAAGCUGUCAGCAAUUGUAACACUUUUUUAAAUUUCAUCACAAGCACUGUGAAAACCAGAAGAAAAAAUCAGUUGUUCUCAGUGAACAUAAUGGCACUGUUUUUCUUACAGAUCUUAUUUCAGUAUCCGUGGAGUAAACAGAAUCAAACUUUUAUUAAAAUUCUCUUUGGCAUCAUU